UAAAAGUAUGCACCAAUCAAAUUCACGAAUUUUGCACAAUUGCAAAGCAAUUUUCCUAAACGCAGCCUGCAGCCAUUCAUGUAUACGGACCAUUCAAUACCUAGCAUCAUCUGACAUCGAUCAGCUGAUCAGGCUGAUCUAAUGCUUCAGCAGCACCGGCAUAAACAAGUUUUAUCUUGAAUGUGAUGCAUUUGAUAAUUACGAAACGUUUGUGAUUUAUAUACAAUCGUGAGAUAUACAUUAAUCUUUAAAUAAAAAGAAAUCCAAAUAAUUCAUUAAAAUGUCUAAGAACACGAAGGAUGUGGUUACGAUAGACGACGACAAUGAGAGAGAGUAUCAAGUCACCGAGGACGACGAAAUCGCUGCCAUCAAUUUCGAGCUGCAACAAAUAGAGAGCGAACUGCAGAAACUUCAGGAUCGUAAGAAAAUAUUGACUCAACGUAAGGAGAAAUUACGCGACGACGCUCUUUUGAAGAAAAGUUUUUCCCUGUCCAAGAAAAAUUGGGACAAUGAGAACUUUGAUUGGUCCACAAGUCUCAGGAAAGCUUUAAAAGACGUUUUCAAGAUUGAAAAGUUGCGGGAGCUACAACUACAAACUAUGAAUGCGAUUAUGUCCAAAGAAGAUGUUAUAUUAAUCAUGCCUACAGGUGGUGGCAAAAGCUUGUGUUAUCAAUUGCCAGCCGUAAUCAGCAAAGGUAUAACUAUAGUAGUUUCACCAUUAGUGUCCUUGAUGGAGGAUCAGUUACACGGAUUGAAUAAAUUCAACGUAAAGGCUACCAUGCUGUGUGCAAAGGCAAGCAAGGAGAGUGUCAAGACGACCAUGAACGCGCUUGUGGAUAAAAACUCGAACCUAAAACUGAUCUACGUGACUCCGGAGUACAUGGCAAAGUCCAAUCGUUUCAUGAACAAGCUGCAGAAGGCGUAUGAACUGGGACGUCUGGAUCGUUUCGCCAUAGACGAGGUACAUUGUUGUAGUCAAUGGGGUCACGAUUUCCGACCGGAUUACAAGUUCCUAGGCGUAUUGAAAUCCAUGUUCCCGGGCAUACCGAUUCUAGGUCUCACUGCCACGGCCCCGGCCAAGAUCAUCGUAGAUGUACAGAAGAUGUUGGACAUUAGCGGUUGCCUGGUCUUACGCGCUUCGUUCAACAGGCCCAACUUGUAUUACGAGGUUCGUCGUAAACCAGCGGAAAAGGAGACGUGUCUCGCGAUGAUAGAGAAUCUUUUGAAGACUCGAUUCAGCGGCAAGUCGGGGAUAAUUUACACGACUACGAUUAAGGACGCCGAACAGCUGACCACGGAUUUAAGGGAAAGAGAUAUUAAAGUCGGAUGUUAUCACGCGAUGCUCGAGGCUGAGUACAGAUCGGAAGUAUACUCCAAGUGGAUAUCGGGCAAGUAUCAAGCGGUGAUUGCGACUAUCGCUUUUGGCCUGGGUAUCGACAAGCCGGACGUGCGAUUCGUGAUACAUCAUUGCGUCUCCAAGUCGAUGGAGAACUUUUAUCAGGAAAGCGGUAGAGCGGGCAGAGACGGCAGGAAGUCGGUGUCCAUCGUGCUCUACAGAUUGGCGGAUGUGUUCAAGUUGAGUACAAUGGUAUUCCAGGAUAAAGUCGGACUGCAGAAUCUGUACAAAGUGUUGAUGUACUGUCUGGAUCGAACGUCCUGCAGACGGAGCUUAAUAGCGACUCAUUUCGAGGAGACCUGGAAUGCGAGCGAUUGCGUCGAAAUGUGCGAUCAUUGUAGGAAGCCGAGUGUCGGAAAGCAAGUUGACGUAGCGCAAUAUUGCAAACAGUUGUAUCAAAUUAUGACGAAGGCUGUGCAAAACGAAACACGAUUGACCGCGAUCAAGCUCGUGGACGCCUGGUAUAGCAAAGGUGCCACGUCCUUGCGAGUGUCUAGCGUACCUGUGCCAAAGUUUACGAGAGAAACCGCGGAAGCUAUCGUAGGACAUUUGCUAGUGAACGGUUACUUGCAGGAGGACUUUCAUUUCUCAGCGUAUUCUACGAUAUCGUAUCUUAAACGCGGCCCUAAAUCGGGACUAGCUCUCAACAACGAUCAUAAGAUACUCUUCGAUUACGAACUACACUAACGCUAGGGAAAAAGAUGUUAAAGUAAUUCAGAAGAACAGUUGAUCAUACACAGGUGUUCGCAAUAUUUUAUAUACCUUUCUAUCUGUUUUUUUUUUUAAAUAUAUAUUCUUGGAAGUCCACGAUGCAUUGUCACUUCAUUAUUAGUCAUGAAUUAUAUUUUAAUUAAUUAAUAAAAUAUUAAUAAAUUGUGUA